AAACAGCAGCAGAAAGAGGAAGGAAGAAACAGCAGCGGCGGCAUAUUUAUAAUAACACCGGGAUGGUGGAGCAGAAAGAGUUGAUCCUUAGCAGCAGCAACUCUGAUCAACUGAUCAACUGAUCAACUGUCACUCCGAACUAUUCAACACACGAAGAAGAAGGAGAAACCUUGCUCAGGGGAACCUCGGCAGGAUGCUGGAGCAGCAGGCCGACCGGGUCAUGGAGCUGUCGGAGUGGAGCCAGCGCUGGCAGGAGAACAAGAUCGGCUUCCAUCAGCCGGAGGUCCACAGCAUGCUGCAGACGAACUAUGAGGCGGUGGUGAACGGACGGAGCGUUGUCCGGUGGUUCUUCCCUCUGUGUGGGAAAUCUGUGGACAUGAAGUGGUUGGCGGAUCUGGGUCACUCGGUGGUCGGCGUGGAGAUUUCAGAGACGGCCAUCAGACAGUUCUUCCAGGAGAACAACAUGACGUUCAGCGAGGAGGACGUCCCCGCCGUCCCCGGGGCCAAAGUCUUCCAGAACUCGGACCGCUCCGUGUCCCUGUACCAGUGCGACCUGUUCAGCUUCUCCAGCGCUGUGGCGGGUCGGUUUGGGGCGAUCUGGGACAGAGGCUCUCUGGUGGCCAUCAACGCCCAGGACAGGGACCGGUACGCGGCUCUGAUCGUCUCUCUGAUGGCUCCAGACUGCAGAUACCUGCUGGACACGUUGCUCUACAAUCCAGAGCGCUAUAAAGGUCCUCCGUUCUACGUCCCCGAAGAACAAGUCCAGAGUUUGUUUGGCAGCAGGUGUGACAUGAAGCUGCUGCAGUCUGUGGACGCGCUGACAGACCGACAGAGGGCCUGGGGGCUGGAGGCGCUGACGGAAAACGUCCACCUCCUCACCCUGAGGGCGGCCAACUGACGUCCGACUGGCCAGCCCGACCCGACCCGCUGACCCGCCAGCCCGACCCGCUGACCCGCCAGCCCGACCCGCUGACCCGCCAGCCCAAACCGGCCCGCUGACCCGCCAGCCCGACCCGGUCUGGUUCUCCUGUCAGCCACACAAUAAAGCUGCUUUUUAAACAUC